UCCUCUCCGCUCUCUAGCUUACUCCCAACUCGCGGCCUAGCCGGCGCCCGGCGCGUGGUGGCCCGAAGCAGCCCCGCGCGACCAAGCGCGCCGCCGCCGCCCCGCAGCUCGGAACCCGAAAAUGGCAGAGCAGCUUCCCCCAGGAAAGUCCACAGACCAGGUAUGCACUUUCCUCUUCAAAAAGCCUGGGCGGAAAGGGGCGGCGGGCCGCAGAAAGCGCCGGGUCUGCGACACAGAGUCCGGAGACAGCAGUAGCAGCAGCGACGAAGGCAGCACCGUAGUUCGCCCGGAGAAGAAGCGGGCGAUCCACAAUCCGAUGAUACAGAAGACCCGAGGCAGUGGCAAACUGAAGGCGGCUUACGGCGACUUGAGUAGCGAGGAGGAGCAGGAGCCCGAGAGUCUUGGCGUAGUCUACAAGUCCACCCGUUCCGCCAAACCCGUGGGGCCAGAGGACAUGGGAGCGACCGCCGUGUACGAGCUAGACACUGAAAAGGAACGUGACGCACAAGCCAUCUUUGAGCGCAGCCAGAAGAUCCAGGAGGAGCUGAGGGGCAAGGAAGAUGACAAGAUCUAUCGGGGAAUAAAUAAUUACCAAAAAUACAUGAAGCCCAAGGAUACAUCUAUGGGCAAUGCGUCCUCCGGGAUGGUGAGGAAGGGCCCCAUCCGCGCUCCGGAGCAUCUACGUGCAACCGUGCGCUGGGAUUACCAGCCCGACAUUUGUAAGGACUACAAGGAGACAGGCUUUUGCGGCUUCGGUGACAGCUGCAAAUUCCUCCAUGACCGUUCAGAUUACAAGCAUGGGUGGCAGAUCGAACGUGAGCUUGAUGAGGGUCGCUAUGGCGUCUAUGAGGAUGAAAACUAUGAAGUGGGAAGCGAUGAUGAGGAAAUACCAUUCAAGUGUUUCAUCUGUCGCCAGACCUUCCAAAACCCAGUUGUCACCAAGUGCAGGCAUUAUUUCUGUGAGAAGUGUGCGCUGCAGCAUUUCCGUACCACCCCUCGCUGCUAUGUCUGUGACCAGCAGACCAAUGGCGUCUUCAAUCCAGCGAAAGAAUUGAUUGCUAAACUGGAGAAGCAUCGAGCUGCAGAAGAGGGUGGUGCUUCCGAUUUCCCAGAAGACCCCGAUGAGGGUCCAAUUCCUAUUACUUAGGUUUCCCAUAAUUCUUUUCUCAAAAUAAAUAUUUUGUUGUUUU